AUGGACCGCCCGGAGCCUGGUUUGAUAAAAUGGUCCCAGAUCCCGGGCUACGAUAGCUUCAUCCAUAUCAAUCUGCAACACCGCGUCGUGCAGCUCUACGAGCCCAAUGGCCUAGCUCAAAGGAGCAAGUUUGAGUACACAAGGUUGUCAAAGCACGAUGACUUCCCGACGCUCACUACCUAUGACUGGUCACCCAGCGUACCGGGCCUAUUGGCUGUCGGCACCCAGACUGGCGUUGUCAACUUGCUGAGGAUGGACGACAACUCCAACGCCUACAUUGAACUUGGUCUGAAAAUGACACGCACCUGUCAGGCGGUUGCGUUCAAUACCGAAGGUCUUCUGGCAGUUGGCUUGGAUCGCGUGCGCAUGGAUCAGUGCCUCCACAUCUGGGACGUCAAUCGUCUGUCGUCGAUGAACAAGUCUACCAAGGGUUUCUCCAAGGACAUGCACUCCUUUACGGACCCCACCUAUCGACUAGAGCCCAGUGUCUCAGUGUCGAGCGUCAAAUUCUUUGAAGACAACCCCAAGACGUUGGUUGUUGGAAUUAAAGCUCAGGGCCUCCGCAUCCAUGACCUGCGUGAAGCGGGAAGCGUGGUCACAUUCCAGACCAAGUGCAAUAACAACCUGGCAAUAGACUAUGCCGAUCAAAACUACUUUGCUUCGUCCGCGUUAGACCAACCGGGUAUCAUGGUAUGGGAUCGUCGGGCAACGUCUCGCCCAGUAGCUUCGCACUCUUACCUCGGCGCUGUCGAUGAGGACGAGCUCCCAUGGGGCGGCGCUCUCAGACUCGACAAAGUUGUAGACUCAGAUGACGACCUGUCGUUGAGUGAGAGUAAACACUCGAUCGUGCGAUCUUUGCGGUACUGCCGGGACCAUCGUGGACUCCUGGCCGUUCUAUCGCGCACUGGUCAAUUGAAGGUCUUGAAGACGAACAAGGAAAUAACGUCUCGAGAUAUGGCUCUCGAAGGAAGCCCGGAACUUCUUGAAGUUCACAAGUCGUACGACAUGGACGUGCAAUACGGUGACAGUGGCAAGAAGAACGACCGAAUUGUCUCGUUCGACUGGGUUACACUAGACACGCCCCUAUUGCAGCCUCGCCUGGUGGUUCUUCGUGCCAAUGGCACGUUCGAGAUUCUUGAACAGCCUUCUUACACCUCUGACUAUCUCUACAAGCUUACACCGUGGCAACCGCCCUACCGUGGCUUAGAAGAGGGCGGACCAUAUCAUAGCGUCAUGGAGUUUGAACCGUCGCAGUGCUCCGAAAUGCUGGGACCGUUGUUUGUCGAAGAGGCGCUUUCGGACAUUGCCAUAUUCGGUCCCAACAAAGUCGAUGUUCAGGCUAUUGUCGACAAGACGUUGCAAGCGAGGUGUUCGGCAGCAGACCUGGACAGCAAACUCGUGGGCAAUAUAGACCGGUCACCACCAUCCCUCGACAAGUCGAAAACAGUAGCAGAGCGUAUGCGAGCUUUGAGAUCGAACCUAAAGGAAAAGGCAAAAGAGUCAGAAACAAAUAGCGUUGAAAGCUCAGCUUUGGAAGAGUCGGUCAGCUCCCUUGCUCAGCUCUCCCUUUCCAAGGACGGCCCUGUUUCUUGUCGCCACAUGCAUGAAUCACUUCUCGCGUUACCCCUGAAAGCUCAAAGCUUGUCCACUGAGGCACAGUGUCUUCUGGACCAUGUGAUGCUCCUGAGGGCCAAGGAGAAAUACCUGUUUGAUUGCAAUGUCAACCGGUCCGUGGUUUCUGACGACCCGUGGCUACGAUACAUGUGGGAUUGGAUCGCAGAUGCGGAGGAUGCCGCCAACGAUGGAGGCAUGAAACUAUCUCCGCUGGACUUGAGCUACAUGGGUGUCUGUACCAUAUGGUGCAAUGAUCUAGGUCAAAAGCCCUCAUCGAGAUUACCGGAGGCUUCUCCCAUGCCCGAGAUAACCCUCUGGGAGAAAUGCAUCGGUAGCAUCUGCAAGAGGCGCAAACUGCCAAAGUACGAGGGCACGCAGACUAAAAAGCCAUUCCACAGGCAACUAUGCCUGGAUAUUUGCGGAUGGGGAGACACGGCAGCACACGAGGCGAGAGGGGCUACGCAUGACCCAGGCACGGACUACCCUACGACAACACAUACUAUGGCGGCAGCUCGAGCCUUGUUCAAGGGCGACACGCAAGAGGCGAUCCGUAUUUUGAAGACAGCCAGCGUGACGCAUCCGGAGCUGCUGUUUGUAUCGCUCGCGUUGCAACUCAUUGGAAAGAGUGAUAACAAGCUCAGCAAGGAGCAGCUGGACUUUGACGAAGCAGUGGCCUCGAAGACGGACCCAUACCUCAGGGCGAUAUCAUCUCUUAUUGCCACUGGGGAUUGGUUUGCCAUUGCAAAUCAAAAGUCUCUGCCUCUCACGGACCGCGCUUACGUCGCCGUCAGAAACUUCGACGACGACCAGCUUACCAAAUGGCUUCACGAACAGGUUUCCAUGGCAGUAGACACAGGCGACAUCGAGGGAAUCGUUCUCACGGGUAUCACGGAUAAGCUGGUGGACAUAUUCGCCAAGUAUGUUGAAAAGUUCAGCGACUUUCAGACGGCGACGCUGGUCAUGUCGAUAUGCGCGCCGCGAUAUAUUGACGACUACCGAUGUCUGGCCUGGAGGAAUGCCUACCGGGCGUAUCUCCAACGGCACAAGGCCUUCCUUCAACGAACCAAAUUCGAAGUCGAGAGCACGAAGAAGAGCAAACGCGGGGGACGUCCUACGAUUAAGCCGCCGUCACGGCAAAUUGCGCUUCGAUGCGUCUACUGUGAUGCCGAGACGUCUCUCGCGGGGCAAGGGGGAGCUGGGUCAGGACCGCCGCUUGGAGCGCCGGACUCGCGGAACCCUCUAAUGGCGACGAGCAUCAAUGCAGGGAUCAGCUGCCCGAAUUGCGGGCGUCAUCUUCCGCGUUGCGUUGUGUGCCUGGAAGUCGUGGGCGUCCCAAGGUCGGACCGUCCAGAGCUGAACGGCGAGCCUGAGAUAUGGACGGCGGCCAACUUCCCAACGUUUUGCUUGAAGUGCGAGCACGUACUUCACCUGGACCACGCCCGGAUGUGGUUCACCAGACACGUCGAGUGUCCUGUGCCCGAGUGUCGUUGCAGAUGCAAUUUCAGGGCGAAUCCGGAGCUGAGUUACCACUAA